AUGAGUAGACUGGGCUCCUGGCUCCGAGGCUCAACGCCCCGGGCGAGUGUCAAUCCCAGCCCUGCUGGCUCGCAGGUCGACCUGAUGGCGGCUGAAAUGGCUCAGAUUGAGGAUGCCAUGGCCAGCGCCUCAAAAAUCAUGAAUGACGACAUCGAGGGCGCUGAGGCGGGUUUGAGGAAGGGGGACUCGGUAUUUCAUUCGCUGGGCAUGGGCCUCACGACCUUCAUGAAAAGCGUCCUGGGUUUUGAGAAGGAUAUCAUGACUGAGGCCAGCAAUCGGCUGAACGACUGCGAGACGGCCGCCUGGAAUGAGAUGAAGAAGGCUCAAAAGGAGGCUGCCGCGAACGGUAGCGGGGCGAGUCAAAUAUACCCGCCGGGCACUGAAUUUGCCCUGAUAAAUGCCGAAGCUCAGUUGAUGGGCGCUGUCGUGGCCGUAUUAUAUGAGAGCUUGACGGAGGGAAUCCGCGGGUUUUACAAGCUGCGAAAAGCGUUCGUCACGCUCGACGGAAUUAUGACGGCAGAGGCUGAAUUCCUGAAAAGGCGCGGGAUGCAAUCGAAUCAGACCCAGGACCAGCUUCCGCCGGCGUUGAAACCAGUGGAGAAGACGACGCGCAUACUGGAUGAGGGCGACAAACCGGAAGACUCCGAUAUGGAAUUUGUGGAUGCUCCAGAGGCACUAUCUGGGACUCAUACCCCAGCGCCGCAAUACCAGGGUCAUCUGCAGAAGCAGGCCGGAGCGGAGGAGAAGAUGGCUGAACUUAGUAUCAACUCAGAGAAGACACAAACCCCGUCUCCCAAAUCCUCACCUCCACCUCAUCAAUUUGAUCAUGGUUCCGAUUCGGACAUCUUCAGCAGUCCCAUCGAUGUUUUUAUCCACUCUGGGGUAAGCAUGUGCUUCGGCAUUCUGCUUCUCCUCAUCUCCAUGGUUCCACCAGCAUUCUCGCGUCUGCUAUCCGUGAUUGGGUUCAAGGGUGAUCGUGAACGCGGCAUCAAGAUUUUAUGGCAAAGCACACGCUUCGACAAUAUCAAUGCUGCUGUUGCUGGGCUCAUGCUACUGGGAUUCUACAACGGCCUCCUCGGCUUCGCCGAUAUUCUCCCGUCCGAUGAGGAUGUUGAAAACGGCGCGAUUGUCGGUUACCCUCGGCGAAGAUGCGCCGAACUUCUCCUGAAGAUGCGAACCACAUAUCCCGAUUCCAGAUUGUGGCGGCUUGAAGAAGCACGCGCUCUAUCGAAUACGCGCGACCUCCACGGGGCGAUCAAGAUCCUUACCAGCAAUACCGAUUCGCCGAUGCGUCAAACCAAGGCUCUCAACAACUUCGAGCUGUCUCUGGACACCAUGUUCGUUCAAGACUACCCGGCAAUGCGCGACCACUUCCUCGCCUGCAUUGAGCUCAGUGAUUGGAGCCACGCAUUCUACUAUUUCUUGGCGGGUGUAGCCGAAGUCGAGAUCUAUCGCAACGCGUACCAUUCCACUACUAACGACGAAGCUCAGAUCCAAAGGCACAAGAAAAGGGCCGAGGAGUUGAUUCGAAAGGCUUCCACCGUUGCGGGGAAGAAGAAACUCAUGGCUCGGCCGCUGCCCUUUGACCAAUUUUUUACUCGCAAGGUGCAAAAGUGGGAGGAGCGGAGCAAAGAGUUGAAAAUUGACUUUGUUGAUGCCGUGGGGACCAGUACCGUGCAGGAAAUGGUGUACCUAUUGAAUGGGUACAAGAAGAUGGGAUCUCCUGAACUGGAAUUAGCAUCGAGAUCAUUGAACUGGCAUCGUCUCACAGCACCAGAGGAGGCGAGUAAGAAAAUACAAGCGGAGAAAGACGAGAGCGCGGUGAUGGAUGUAUGUCUGUCUGCCAUCUAUCGAGCUUUGGGGCGGACUGAUGAAGCCCGGGCUUUGCUGGAAGGGGUAGUCACCAUCGACAAACUAGUAUUCAAAGGCCCGACGAAGGACGACUAUGCUCUGCCAUCAGCUCAUUACGAAAUGGCGGCUGUAGCAUGGGCCGAGGUGCAACAUCAGAGGUUGCAAUUGAAGAUCUCCGGCAUCACGCGCGACUCCGUCGAAGGCAAGGAUGCAGACGCCCAACUGAUGAAGAAGACAGCCGAAUGUCAUGACUGGCUUGAUAAAGUGGUCAAGUGGGAGGGCUUUGUACUUGAUAUCCGGAUCGGAAUGCGUGUCCAGACCGGCAUGGACACGCUUAAAUGGUUCAGACGGGAGCAAGGCUGGGCUGCCAUUUGA